UUAAUGCAAUAAUAGUUUGUACAUUGUAUAAAAAGAAAUUGUUGGGGUUGCAGAAAUGUUAUGAUAAAAAUAAUAACCUUGAAUAGCAAAAGGGUUCUAGAAUGUUGUUUACAUCAUGACAGUUUGGUUAUGAGUUGAUACUCAGGCAAUGGCUUUAGGACUUUGCAAAAUUUGUUGUGAUAUUGCCAAAAAUUUGUACAAAAAACCAAUUUCACUUUCUCAGAAAGUUAUUUCGUGUAAGUUUAUACAUGACAAUGGAUUAAGAAAUGAUGAUGCCAGUGACUUGAGAAAAAUUGUGUCUGAAACCGUUAUUAAACUUUCUCGUCCAAAUAUUAACCCGUUUGAAAGUGAUACAUUGUAUGCAAAAGAAUUGGAAACACAAGAUUCUCCCAUUUCAAAUUCUGAAUCUUCACAAGCGGCAUCUACAUCUGCCUUUAACUGUAAUGUUGCUAAACAUUAUAAAAGAAUAAUCGAAAUACAACCAACGCCACUUCAGAGAUACUGGAGCAGUGGCCCUCCGCAUAAAGACAAUUCUGUAGUGCGAUAUUAUUCGAGCAAUAAAAAGAAUACAAAUAAAUGCAAAAAAGACAACGAGAAAUGCCGUAAAAUGAUCGCACCGUGCUGCGAUCCUCCGGCGCGAAAGUCAUGCAAGCCACCCUUAGAUGAUUCAACGUGCUGCAAGCAAGAAGCCCCUUAUCCUUCUUACAGUGAGAAGUGCGUGGAGGAAGUCAUUGACAAGCCAUCCGAGUGCAAAUUGUGCCCUUGGACACCAGAUAAACACCCCUACUUCGAAUACGUGGACGAAUUUCCACAUUUUCGACAUCCCAAAAAACCAAGAAAGCAACAAAACGACUGUAAGACGCGGAAGUUUUCGACACAAGUUUCGACUACGAAUGAAUCAACGUUUAAAAACGGCAGCAGUGGCAGUGUGCUGACAACAAAUGAAAAUGAAAUUUUCAAUAUAUGUUCCACAAUGAAACUUGAUAAGAAACCUUGCAAACCACCGCCACCAAAAUGCAAACCUGAACCACCGAAAUGUAACAAAGACAAAAAGGAGAAAAAACCCGAAAAAAGGAAACAAGACGACUGUAAGAAAAAGUGUUCAAAUAUGAACAAGGAAGAGUAUAUGUUGGAUUCCUCAUUUCACGUGGAAAUGGGCCUGAGAAAUAAGAGUAAAAAUGAAUGUGUCAAAAAAGGCAAAAUUCGUAAAUUUCCCUUUCCAAACCCACCACCAAUCAAACAAAUUGACACUGAUACACCUUGUCCAAAACGCAAAAUAAAGUCACCAAUAAAGGAUUGUCCAACAGGAGGAGGAUGUAGUGAAUGCUUACCAAAUACAAUACUCAAACCUAAUCCUCUUCAUUUGCACAGUAUUAUCGAUAGCGAUCAAUCAACUAAUGAAGGCGAACCUUUUCCAUCACUUGUUGAGGAACGGGCAAUUUCAUUAGCAACUUUACAACAUCAGCUAUAUUUGGAAGAAGACAACAAGUGUCCACCGACGCAUGAGAAAAGCAAAGUCUGUCCAAAAGAAAGCUUAAUACUUCCAAAGAGGAAAAAAGUCAAACGACCUCCGCUUUGUUCGGAAAAAGAAGGAAAUAAAAAGGGAAAAUAAUUAUUCGUAACUACUUCGUUUCUAAACUACAACCUUUGCAAAUGAUUCAGUAACAUUUCAAAGCAUCAUUAAAAAAAAACCUGAAGCCAAA